CGCCUCGUAAUCGGAAUACAUGUAGGUUGUUGCUGUGAGUUUUUUCGUCUUCAAUAGGGAUGAGUUUACAGUAGCGAACUCGUAGAUGAUAAAUUGUCCGUGUAUUCUGAAGACAACCGUGUAAAUCAUUUCACGCAAAUAAUGCGAAGGGUUACGCUUUUUGUCAAUGGGACCUCCAAAAACGGCAAGGUUGUAGCAGUGUACGGGACUCUGUCUGAUCUCUUAUCUGUUGCCAGCAAUAAACUGGGAAUCAGGGCCACGAGUUUGUACAACGGGAAGGGUGGCCUCAUCGACGACAUCACCCUAAUCAGAGAUGAUGAUGUGUUAUAUGUGUCAGAGGGCGAUGCCUUCGUCGAUCCUCAAAGUGAGGGGAGGGCUGCUGAUGACCGCUCAGGUUCCCACAGCGAUUGGCUGACUUUGAAUAUCGGUGGGCGGCUUUUCACAACUACACGGAGUACGCUUGUGAGUAAGGAGCCUGACAGCAUGCUGGCGCACAUGUUUAGGGGGAACGAUGUGUGGGGUAACAAGCGAGAUGAGCGAGGCGCUUACCUCAUCGAUCGCAGUCCCGAGUACUUUGAGCCCAUCCUGAACUACCUACGACACGGCCAGCUUAUCGUCAACGAAGGAAUUAACUUACUAGGUGUACUGGAAGAAGCUCGUUUCUUUGGAAUCGAGCAACUUGCUGAGCAGAUAGAAGUUGCCAUUAAGAACUCCCAUCCACCCGAGGACCACUCGCCCAUCUCCCGGAAAGAGUUUGUACGGUUUCUGCUCGCCACGCCGACCAAGUCAGAGCUGCGCUGUCAGGGGCUGAAUUUCAGUGGGGCAGACCUGUCUCGGCUGGACCUGCGCUACAUCAAUUUCAAGAUGGCCAACUUGAGCCGCUGCAACCUCACCUGCGCCAACCUGUGCUGCUCGAACCUGGAGAGGGCCGACCUCUCUGGGGCCAACCUGGAUGGUGCAAACCUGCAGGGCGUUAAGAUGCUGUGUUCUAAUGCCGAGGGCGCAUCACUGAGAGGCUGUAACUUCGAAGACCCAUCAGGACUCAAAGCCAACCUGGAGGGUGCCAAUCUGAAGGGUGUGGAUAUGGAGGGCAGUCAGAUGACUGGGAUAAACCUGCGUGUGGCUACGCUGAAGAACGCCAAGCUGAAGAAUUGUAAUCUGCGAGGAGCAACUCUGGCGGGCACUGAUCUAGAGAACUGUGAUUUAUCCGGCUGUGACCUCCAAGAAGCCAACCUCCGUGGCUCAAACGUAAAGGGAGCCAUCUUCGAGGAGAUGUUGACGCCGCUGCACAUGUCUCAGAGCGUGAGAUAACCAAUCACGAGGCUCCUGCCCGAGCAGCCUAUCGCAGCCGCUCCCUUACGAGUGUUAAACGCCCCCAUCGGACCUGUAUGCAAUAUCGGCAAUCCGUGUCCUCACCCCACAGCUUUACUCUCUUGCACUAGUGCACAUGCAGGAUGCAGGGUGUUUAUAUUAGGAUUACCAGUACACAUAUGUAAUUGUCCAUCUUGACCGAUUUGUUAUACCAAACCUAGUUUAUGUAUGUGUUAAUUUAUGUUUAUGUUGGAUCUAAUCCACAAUAAGUGUUGACUUCCUGUAUCAGCGAUGAUGUUCUGCUGAAUUAUCCUGUUUAGUCUGGAGGCUUAAAUGAUAUCUGGGGGUGCGGCUGAAGAUUAGUGAAUGUAUCCGUUUCUGAUCACCAAAUGUGGAAGUCGCGAUGGUGAACACAACCAAAUAUGUGUUAUGUUUGAGUGUAUUACUCAGCUCCUUAAGUGUAAAGUGGUUUCUUCAGUCUCGGCGACAUCCAAUGGGUUUUUCCAGGCCGACACACAAAUAUGAAGAAGUUUCUGCUUUGGUACUUAGUGGAAUUGCUAGAGUUUGACUCUGAAAUCUGAAGGAGGAGCCAUUUUUAAAGCUCUUCUGCUUUUCUUUAGCAAUUCCGUACCAUAUCAUAUAUAUUUAUAUAUAUGCAUGCUUAAAAAGACAAACGUAUUGCUACCUAUAUCCCAUAUAUAACAGGUGAUAAGCUUAUUGAACUAUUUUAAAGUUAGGUAUAAAAUUACAUAUGCAAUGUAAAUGUAUGUUUCUUAGCUCCUUGUGUGCGCUGUUCAAACGGAAACAGGAUUUUUCUUUCGCUUACCGAUUUUUAUUUCAGAUCUACCUCCCAUAACAAAACUGACUUUUGCUCUCGUCAAUCCUGUGGAUUUCUUUCAGAUCCUCAUGAGAAGGCUCGAAUACCCUGCUGAAAUAAACAACCACGGAAAUUUGAAUGGUUUCCUCUACAAAUACCAUUACAAACUAUCAGAGAACCAUUAAAACCAUUAUCAUUAUUGGUCUUCAAUGGUAUCCACCGGACAUAACAUGUCACCAAUAGAAAGCAACAAAUUAUCAGUAGAAUUCCCAUUAAAACCAUUACAAUUCCCAUUAAAACCAUUACAAAUUCUAUGAGGGUUUCUAUUGGUAUUCUAUUUUUUUUUAUCUUUUUCAGCAGGGUAGAUAGAAAUAAGGAUGCUGAAUGAAAGACGGUUUACCAAAAUGCAGUCGUGCCUAAAAAAAAAAAAAAAAAAGAUUGUGUAGUGAUGCAACCAGUAGCAAGAUCACACUGGUUUGAAUGCAUUCAUUAUUCGUAAUUCAUUAUUGUGUGAUUGUUUGUCAUCAGACAUCUCAUGAUUCCUUAUUGUUGUGACAUUUUUUGAAAGUUGUUUGACACCAAAAAGGGUUAAAAGGGUGCUUUACUUCAUCUAGUGCUUCCCUAUGCAUUAGUGUGUGUAUGUAUGUAUGUAUGUAUGUAUAGUGUGUAUAUAUAAUAUACACACACACAAGCUGUCGUUCCCUACUUAGCACUUUUGUGUAUAGCGUAUUUGUUGUAGUACAUAAGUCACCAUUUCUCGUGUCGUCUGUAUCAUUAAUAUCGACCCAGAUUAAUGCUGCAUGGUCAAACACUUGACUGGUUCAGUUGGAAAUAAUUUCUGACUAACAAUAUGCUGUUAUUUCUCUUAGAUGUAAUCGGAGGUACUCAUUAAAUGAAGGCAAUCCGAAGCACACUUUUCAGUGCGAUUCUCUGAUUAUCAGACCCUCACUGAAAGGGCACAGGCUAUUUAUUUAUGUAUGUAAGCAGGCUGUAUUUACGUAAGGUGUAAUCGAAGAGGAUUCGUCUCCUCUCCACUCACUGUUACGGAAGUGUAUUUCCAUAAACAGACUGUUAUAAACAAA